AUGACCGAAAAAAAAGAUGAUAAUGAUACGGAAGCGCCACCAUUGGGAUUCGGAUGCGAAGAUCAUUGGUCCUGGAAUAGAAGGGAUAGAAGUCACGAAGUGAGAUUAUACGGUCCGGGAUUGAAAAUAGCACAUUUUCAUCCGAACUGGAGUUCGGGAACGGCCGGAGUUCGUGGGACUCGUGCAUUGGAUGCUGGAAGAUAUUAUUGGGAGCUUAAAGUAUCCCAAAGGAUAUUCGGUACGAGCAUGAUGUUCGGUAUAGCAACGAGACAAGCGAGAUUACACGCGAAUACAUUUACUAAUUUAUUAGGGGAAGAUAAUCAGGGUUGGGGUUUAUCACAUAAAGGACUUCUUUGGCACGGAGGAAAAUGGUCCCCUUUUACAAAACCCUUCAGAGAAAACGAACCCACAACGAUAGGUAUACUUUUCGAUGGAGUAGCCGGAACUCUCACCUAUUACAAAGACGGUCAAAAUUUGGGUGUAGCUUUUAGAGGAUUGCAUAAAUGUACGGAACCAUUAUAUCCGUUUGUUUGUUCGACGGCGGCAAAAACGGAAAUGAUAUUAAAUGAGCAAAGAAGAGAAUUUGUCAAUUUACAAGAUAGAUGUAGAAACAUUAUUGUUAAAAGAGUUAAAAGUAUUGAAUUAUUAGAAAACUUACAUCUUCCGCAAAAAAUAUUCGAAUAUUUAGCUGAAGCUUUGAUGACUGAUGAUUCGAAAUUAUUUCAACCGUUUCAUCAAUUGAAUCGAGUUUCUGUCAUGUGA